GUGGACGACUUGUUCGAUGCGUUCAGCGACGUCGACUCAGAUGAGGAGGAUGCCAAAGCAAAGCAUCAAGCCACCGAGCUGCACAAGGAAACGGAGGAGAAGGAGGAGAAAACGCCUCCGACCGCCGAGCCGGCCAUCGCUGAGGCGCCGAAGUCUCCGGCCCAGGAAGCCGAGGAUGAGGAGAAAGCAAAGAAGGACGAGGAGAAACAGGAGGAGCAGAAGGAAGACAUGAAGGAGCCGGAGGACAUCGAUCAUGAGGAGGAACGGGAGAAGUCCCCAAUCCUAGCGCAGCCUGUCAUGCCUCCGGACAGCAGCGAGCUCCAGAAGGAGGAGCUCCGCAAGGAGGAGGAAAGGAAGCGUAGGGUCCGUAAGCCUCCUACACCGCCAAGGGCACCCCGGCGAAAGUUACCGCAGCCGAAGGCAGGCGCCAGUGCCCCCGAGGCUCAGAACCCAGCGCCACCAGCUGCAAACCCUCAGGGUGUUGCACCGGAGGACGAUGACGAUGAAGUGGUCGUGCUAAGCGUCAGCGCUGGAGAUCGGAUUCUCAAUCCAGUGCAGGAUGAGGACAAAAAAGAGGAAAAGAGCAAGGAAAAGGAACCGGAGGAGAAGAAGGAGCAGGAGCCUGCUUCCAAAAAGCGCAGCCUCGAAGAAAUGGCAGCCGAAGACAAAGAUCAAGGCAUGGAGCUGGAGGAUGCGAAGCUAGGAGAGCAAAUGCGAGCAGCGCUUGGGGCAUCGCUGGCGAGGCAAGUUGGCAACGAUCCGCGUCUGCCAGAACAGGCACCAGCUGCGCCCACUGCUGCUCCACCACAG